UGGAGUUAUUUUAAAAUUUCAUCAUCAUAUUAGGCCCGACCGGAUGGAUGACUUACUAUUGUAUUACUGUGCAACAGUGAAGUCUUUCACAAAUGUAUCAAACAAAUUUGAGAGGUAUUAAAUACAAAUCCCCAACCAAUAUUGUGCUACAGUUAGCAUAUUUGCAAUAAAUUAUAGAUUGAACUGCUCCACAGUACAAAACUUGAAGAACAUAUAAUAACAACAGUGUAGUGGUCUCCCCAUGUUGUUCUAUUGUUCACAUUGAAGAUGUUGCUUUAGGCCAAGAGAGAAUUUGAUUGUGCCAGUGAUAACCCUUGAUUCAUUGCUUUACUUCUCUGCCAUAUACUGAAAUACUGGACCUUCAAAACACAGGGUUAUACAGGAAUAACUCUCUUUAUGAGUUGAUAAGAUAAGAUGACAUGCAUCUUCUAGGGAUUGUAAAUGCAGGUUAGUCUGAUGUCAUCUGCCUCUUCUUUUGCCAAUUUUUGUGAGGUUGAAUUAUAUUCACUAAUCAUGUAAAAGGUGUCAUAUAUUUAAUGUGUACAAUAAAAGCAGGGGAUGGAUCAAUGAUCCGCCACUCUGAGAUUUUCACUUUUCAGGUUUCAUCAUAGAAUGUGCAGGCCUAAAAUCAUUAUGCAUUUGCUCUGCAUGGUUGUCUUUGGACUGAUUCUCAGCACUCCUUCUGCCGCAGCCCCGUUAGGAGGUUUUGUUUCUGGGCUGCAGUCUGUCCUCGGUGGAUCAAGCAGGAACAAGCUGCUACUCAUCUCUUUCGAUGGUUUCCGCUGGGAUUCUGACCGAGGUGUGGACACCCCUAAUCUGGAUAAAAUGGCCAAAGAUGGCGUGAAAGCAGAGUAUGUCACACCACCCUUCCUCACCAUCACCAGCCCCACACACUUCACCCUGCUUACAGGGCGUUAUAUCGAGAAUCAUGGCCUAAUCCACAACAUGUGGUUCAACACAACUACUCAGGAGAAGAAGGAGUACUACAUGACACAGUUCGUUGAUUCCUACUGGGACAAUGGCUGCCUUCCCAUCUGGAUAACAGCACAGAGACAGGGACUAAAAGCAGGUUUGCUACAUUUUCCUGGCACCGCUGCCACCUACAAAGGAGAAACUGUGAAGGUGAAACAGGUGGAACCUCGUUUCUAUGACUAUUCAAACGAGACAGAAUGGAGGCAUGACAUCGACAAGGUGAUUAGAGAGUGGUUCCACCAACAAGACUUUGUAUCCUUGUACUUUGGGGAACCAGACAAGGUCGGACAUAAAUAUGAUCCAGAUUCUCCAGAGCGCCGAGAGAUGGUCCAGCAUGUGGAUCGAACUGUAGGCUACAUCCGGGACGAGAUCCAUUACCACGGUUUGACGGACCGACUCAACAUCAUCAUCACUGCUGACCACGGGAUGACGACAGUCUUUCGGGGUGAACAAGUUCAGGAGAUCAUCCUGUCACAGAUCCCAGGCUUCAGUUUCAGGGAUGUCAAAUUCCAUCUUGUGGAUUAUGGCCCUGCUGGAAUGCUGCUUCCUAAAGAAGGGAAGCUGGAGAAGGUCUACCAAGCUCUGAAGAGCGGCCACCCUCGUCUUCAUGUGUAUAAGAAGGAGGAAAUGCCCGAAAGGCUGCACUACAGUAACCACCCUCGACUUCUUCCCAUCAUCCUCUUUGCUGACCCCGGAUAUGUAAUCAAUGGGCUGUUUCCUGUACAGUGGUACAAAGGAGAGCAUGGCUUUGACAAUCAAGUGUUGGACAUGAAGCCUUUCUUUAGGGCAGUUGGGCCUGACUUCAAGCAAAACCUGGUGGUUGGACCCUUUGAAACAGUCAAUGUGUACCCACUGAUGUGUCAUCUGCUGGAGAUAGUUCCAGAGGUCAAUGAUGGACACCUAGACAGUACCAAGCAUAUGCUGAAAAACAUGGGAGGAAACAAAAACAGUCAAAAACAGACCACUUGGUCACAAAUUGUCAUUGGCUUAUCAGCAGUAGCUGGGUUUCUGGCAUUGGUGUUCGUCGCCGUUACUUCCCACACCUUGUAUAAAAGGAACUCAGCAAAAAAAGAGACGUACACUGCUGAUGAAGAUGAACACAACACGCAAACCAGUUUUUGAGGGAUCAUAUAGAUACCAUUGUCUUCCUCGACUGUACCGUUGUACCUUCAUAUCUAACAUAUCUUAGUAGCAAAAUGGCUUUCUA